UCACGGGCAGCAGCCAGCAGCACCAGUAGACAGCAUCAGUUAUAGACAGCAACAGGCCAGACGCGCGUCACUUUCUCCUCGUCGGCACUGCAUACGCAUGCGACGACGCAUACACUCGUAAGCUCCUCGACGUCGUGCGUGCAAGUAGUGCUUUGGCUUGCAAAUAAGAGACUCGACUAAAUACUAAAUAUAGGCCCGAGCUAAAGAGACGAGGAGCAGCAGCAGCGAUAGAUAGAUAGAUAAAAGGAGCAACAAACAACUGCGAGUGACGCGCGUUCAGCAGCAGCAACUUUUUUCUCUUUUGUUAACGCGAGCGCAUCGAUCGAGGCCGAAAUAUGGAUGCCGAAGCUUUUCUCGACAUGGCCAACCAAGUGGUCAAGCUCAAGAUGUUUCCCUACUUCGACAUAGCGCACAGUGUCUUGUGCGCGCUACACGUCAGAGAGGACUUGGGACCCGGCGCUCAGGCGUUUUCGAGAAAACAUCCGCUGUCGUGCUGGCUGUCGACGAUGCUCGUCGUCUUUUCCAGCGGUAUGCUCUGCAACGGCCUGCUGGGCGAGCCCAUACUCGCCCCGCUGAAAAACACGCCUCAAGUUCUCGUUGCCACCGUUGUAUGGUACGUGAUAUUUUACACGCCGUUCGACAUCGGUUACAAGGUAGCCAAGUUUUUGCCCGUAAAAAUCGUUUGCUCGGCUAUGAAGGAGGUCUACAGGUGUAAAAAGGUCUACGAUGGCGUAACGCACGCCGGAAAACUCUAUCCAAGCGCUUACCUCAUCAUGAUACUCGUCGGAACUCUCAAAGGAAACGGAGCUGCUUUCAUAAAGUUGAUCGAGCGUCUGAUACGCGGCGCGUGGACACCAACAGCCAUGGAAUUCAUGCAGCCGAGCUUCCCGACCAAGGCUUCCCUCUUAGCUUCCAUUAUUUUCGUUCUGGACAAGAAGACUGAUCUCAUUGCGGCGCCCCACGCACUCGUCUACUUCGGCAUCGUCAUAUUCUUCGUGUACUUUAAGCUAUCGUCCAUACUACUCGGCAUCCACGAUCCGAUUGUGCCGUUCGAAAAUCUAUUCUGCGCUCUGUUCCUGGGAGGUAUUUGGGACUCGUUGGCUAAAAUCUUGGGCCGUGGACAGGCCAAGGACGAAAAGGCCGAUCAGAAAAAGACCAAUUAAAUAUCACUCUACCGAUGAAUCAACGCAAGAGUGUGUACACUUUUGCAUGCACUUGAUUCUUUUUUAUCCACGCUCUUUUCUGAUCGUACCGAGCGAUGAUCUUCAACUUGAAGUGCAGAAAAAAGCACAACAGAGCAUAUCUUCUACGAGUGUACAUUUAAAUAAAUUAUAAUAAUUUCGGGGGAGAACGACGCAUCCGAUGCGGACGAAACGUACCAAAAAGAGAAACGACUGCUCUCCAAAUAUGCAGUUGCAAAUUUUAUAAUGUAAACUAGUCAAUCUGGUUAGGAAAAAAACAAAUAAUCUUUACCCCCUCAAAGCUCGCAAUUUUUGUGAACUUGCGCAUUUGUUUCUUUCCUACCGGAGGUAUUUUAAGGUUCCUGCAAAACCAAAGCGAGGGAGCCAGAUUAUCGAGGUUUAAGUGCAAUAUCAAGAUUUUCACUAUGUUUUAAAAAUCACGUAGUAUGCAACGGCAGUAUUAUAAUUAUACUGAUUUUUAAACAUUGAAUGUCGUGCUGAUGGCUUUUCCUUCAGAACUUUUAUCGUCGAGUCGUAUAUUUUUUUGCUUUAUUUUAAAUGUUGUCACUUUUUUUUGUGGAACGAUUGAUAACAUUUAGUAAAAAUGUACGACUCAACAUUGACCAUCAUUUUAAUCUGUUUUAAAUGAUUUAUCGCGGAAAACUUUUAUGACAAUUGUAACGAACUAAUCACGAGGGUGAUUUGAGUGUUUUACCAUGUAUCGAUCGUGUGUAUAAUUUGAUAGAAAGUCAGACUCAAUUUUUUCAACAAAAAAGUUGACAAUAUAUCAAUAUUAAACUCCCUUAAUUCAGGAAUAGCUAUAGAAACAUUAUCAAUUUUUUAUGCAUCUCUGAACGGAGUGAUAUUGUACACAAUAUAUAUUUAAUAUAAUAUAUACCAGAUUGUAAUAAGUAUUCGUAUUGUAAAUCCUGCUUUUAGAGUACAUUUUUAAAUGUCACACGUUUGAACAGGCUGCAGUAAUUCUUCCUAGUCUUAGAUAUAUCGAUAAGCAAACGAAACAUAUGCAAUUUACGAACAAUCAAAAAAAUCCGAUCUACAGUUUGUGCAACCGCGAACUAAAUUGCCUUAUACAAAUCAUAAAACGAAAGCCGCGUAUACCGCAAUGUACUUAAAAAUCUGUCGACGAGCAAACUAUGAUGGACAGAAAACGCGACAAAAACAUAUUCUACAGUCGAUGGGCUGUAAUCAUGUGCAAGUGAGAAUGAAGUUUGUGGUAGUUUUUUCAUGACAACUUAUUUACAUUGAACAAAAGUGUUGGUAUAUAAAAAUGAAAAUUGAAAAUUG